UAUUUCCUGUUUCCUUUGACCUUUAACUUCUGCUAACUCGAUUUUGCUGGAGCCGGACUGCUUUUGUCAGCUUUCAGAACAGUUUUACAGCAGUCAUGAGUUGUGUGGUAGGAGCUGCCUUUGGGGCUGGAGCACGAGGGGAAGCAGCAAAGAAACCAGGAGAAACCAGGAGCAGCUGGCAGAGGUAGGAGGAGGGCUCUGCGUGGCAGACCAUGCCACAGUGAGCCCCCAGGGGACUUUGUCCGUCUGAACCUCACUCCGGGGCAUGCCUCAGGAGCUCUGCUUCACUAAGGAGGGCAUCUUCCAGUUAGAUCACCUGCUGCAGUCACAGCACAAACCUCCCACCAGGAUGUGAGCAGCACUUCCCUUGGCUGUUGUCAAGGUCCCCAUCACCCUUAACAAGGGCAAAAGGCACCUUCCAGGCUGCAGUGGAGGAUAACAGUGACUGUAUAAGGGAGGUCACCCAGGCUGUCUGCACCAGGAGGAAUAACUACAUCAUCCUUCCCCUGAAAAAGAGAGAGAGAGCACAAAGCUGGGCCUCGAGGCUGAAAGCUGUUUUUAGACAUCUUGACUUCUUUGUGUUUUAUAUUAAAAAAGCAGCACUGUUUUUGGUUAAUAAUAAUGACGCCCUCCUUAACAUGGUUCACGGUAAGUUACAGGAGUCCCUAUUGUAUAGGGAGGAGGGGUAGAGUUUUUGUCGUUCUUUCACAGGAUGUGGAUGUCGCCGGCUAGGCCAGCAUUUAUUGCCCAUCCCUAACUGCCCUUGAGAAGGUGAUGGUGAGCUGCCUUCUUGAACCGCUGCAGUCCAUGUGGUGUAGGUACAUCCACGUGCUGUUAGGAAGGGAGUUCCAGGAUUUUGUCCUAGCGACAGUGAACGAACGGCAGUGAGAGAGUUCAAAUGAGGAUGGUGAGUGGCUUGGAGGAGAACUUGCAGGUGGUGGUGUUCCCAUGUGACUGAGAGCUAAAUAAUCAGCUUUUGUUAGUCAUCAUAUGGGACUAAAUUAUUCUCUUAUACUUUAAAAACUUUCAGCUCAGAAUGUUGUUGAAGGAUGAAACAGGCUAUUGGAGAUCAUAGUUUGUGAAGAUCUCUCAGUGUUGAGCGGGAUUUUAACACUAUCCACCAGGAGCUGAAUGAUUUUCCACCGACUUCAACAUGGUCUGCAAUUUCAGAAAGAAACUUUACAGAAGGAUGAAGUCUUUCCUUGCCAUCUGUUGUUUUGUGUUUCCCAUAUACUAUAUCUUCAGCCUAAGCCUAGAGAAGGAAGGACCCUUGUGUAUGAAGCAUACUUGCAGCUGUGAGACCUGUAUUUCAGAUCGAGGCAUCUCCCACUGGUUUGACAAGAGAUUUAAUUCAAGUAUUCAGCCACAAUUGACCAGUAACAAUGAAAAGAUCCCCCAGGAGGUCCUUUCAUGGUGGUUGAGGUUACAGUCUAGGCAUCCGAAGCUGAACAUUGCCCAGAGCAAACUCUUUGAGGCCAUGCCUAAAUCCAAACCAUCUAAGACUGACCGUUCCUGUCAGUGUCGGAGGUGUGCCGUUGUUGGAAAUUCUGGAAAUCUCAAAGGAUCAAAUUAUGGAGAGUUGAUUGAUUCGCAGGAUGUUGUUAUAAGAAUGAACAGGGCAGUGACCAAGGGACACGAGUCUGAUGUGGGAAAAAAGACCACCCACCACUUUAUGUACCCAGAGAGUGCCAAGGACCUUGAAUCCAAUGUUCACCUGGUACUGGUCCCGUUUAAACCUCUCGACCUAUGGUGGUUUAUGAAUGUCCUAUCAAACAAAAAAAACGUUCUGAUAUACAGGAGAGUGAAAAAUCACAUUAAAGCUGAUCCAGACAAGAUCAUCAUCUUUCAUCCAACCUUUUUCAAGUAUAUCCACGAUGAAUGGACUGAGCACCAUGGACGAUAUCCUUCCACCGGGAUGCUGGCUCUCAUCUUUGGCCUUCACAUCUGUGAUCAACUGUCGGUGUUUGGCUAUGGCAUGGACAGGAAAGGCAACUGGCACCACUAUUGGGAAAAUAACCAGUUAGCUGGAGCUUUCCAUUUAACAGGAGUACACAACGCAACUUUCGAGACUCAUGUCAUCAGUCGCUUGGCAGAAAUUGGAAAAAUCCAUCUAUAUAGAGGCAGACUUGGAGGUUCCUGAAUUGACCAGUAUACAAUCCUGGUCAGCAAUUGACCAGACUAUUCAUCACUGGGAUUAGACCAGUCAGAUCCGGCAGAACAUACAGAACCAAGUUUGGAAGAACUUAAGACUGAUGGAACCAACUGCUUCUUUCCGUGAGCGCUCUGCAAACCUCGGACAGAAAUAUGUUAAGAUGAGCUGAUGGUUUUGAGAAUCACGGUGGCUUCUAUUUAAUUCUUUCCCCCAAAUAAAUUUUAUAUAACAAA